CCCAGGAUGCUGCCACUGCCGCUGCCACUGGCGAACGAUAGGUUCGGAUCCGAGUGGAGCUCCGUGUGAGCAGAGAGCAAGGCGGCCAGCUGUGCUUGUGAGGUGGCUGCUGUGGGAGCUCAUUGAGUGUUCUUGCUGCCUGCCAUGUCCAGGAAAAAGACUCCCAGGAGCAAGGAGGCCAGCGCGCCCGCUGCCUCAGUGUUGCCUGCCGCCAACGGGUCCCGGCCGGUGCGCCCUGGGACUGCUUGCCCCCGCUCCGAGGCGCCGCCCAACGGGCCCCCACAACCCAGCCGGCCCUCGCUUGGCGGUCAUGGUGACUUCUACGACGUAGCCUUCAAGGUCAUGCUGGUGGGGGAUUCUGGCGUGGGGAAGACCUGCCUGCUUGUGCGCUUCAAGGAUGGGGCUUUCCUGGCAGGAACCUUCAUCUCCACCGUGGGCAUCGACUUUCGGAACAAAGUACUGGACGUGGAUGGCAUGAAGGUGAAGUUGCAGAUCUGGGACACGGCAGGCCAGGAGCGGUUCCGCAGUGUCACCCAUGCCUACUAUCGUGAUGCACAUGCACUGCUACUGCUCUAUGAUGUCACCAACAAGGCUUCCUUUGACAACAUCCAGGCCUGGCUGACUGAGAUCCAGGAAUAUGCCCAGCACGACGUGGUGCUCAUGCUGCUAGGGAACAAGGUGGACUCUGCCCAGGAACGUGUGGUGAAGAGGGAGGAUGGGGAGAAACUGGCCAAGGAGUACGGGCUGCCUUUCAUGGAGACCAGUGCCAAGAUGGGCCUCAACGUGGACUUGGCCUUCACAGCCAUAGCAAAGGAGUUGAAGCAGCGCUCCAUGAAGGCCCCCAGCGAGCUCCGCUUCCAGCUGCAUGACUAUGUCAGGAGAGAGGGCCGCAGUGCCUCCUGCUGCAGACCCUGAACCUGGCUGGGGUCAGCCACCAGGCAUCCUGCUGGAAGGCCCAGGUUUUCCAGGACUCUUGGGCUAAGCCUAGCCCUUCUCUUGUCUGGGUGGCAACCUGUAUAGCCUCAACCCUAACAAAUGGGCUUCAGGGAGCUACCAGGCGUGCAGGCAUCCUUCACCUGCUGCAGCCAAGGCCCUCACAGAAAAGCCAACUGUAGGAAGGGGUACACUAAGCAGGGAACCUUGGUGCUCUCUGCUGCCCCCUCCUGGACAGAACUCAGCUUUGAGUUUAGGCAGCAGUCCCCAACCCGUUAAAAAGCCACGUCUUCAGCUGCCCAUGCUUCCCAGGCAGAGACUAGCCGAAUUCCUCCUAAUACUCCAAGCUGAGUGAGGGCUGCACUGAGAAUCACACGCGUUUGUGCCAAGGACCAGGGGUGGGGCAUGUGCUCCCAGCCCAUACUGGAUACUCUGAUUCCAUCAACAGGGUCUUCUCAAUUUCCCUUGGAGGAUGCCAAGACUGGCUUUGUAACACAAGUAAUAGCAUGUGGUAGAUUACAGAAAUGUCAGGUAAACUAGGACCACCAGGUUGCCUGACCAGGGCACCAUCUCGGCAGGCCACGGUAUUGGGCACGACUUGCCUACAGUUGAGGCCUAUACUUGGUGAGGUCAAGCCAAGGGGGCUGGUAAUGCACUACAUCUUUUGCUAAAAUCUUCAAGUCUUUUGAUUGAGAGCCUUUGUUUUCAGUCCUAGUGAAUAAAGUUGUAUUUUCUGGAGUGCCUGUUGUCCAUUGAAGUCACCUUUUAGAGCGCUUGGCAAAGCCCAGGUCCUGAGGGUAGCACCCCCUCAUACCCGGGUUGGCAAAGAGAUCAGAGCAGGGCUGCCUGGACCACAACGCUAUCCAAGCAGCACAUGGGAACCGGGGCAGUCAACUCAACUUCCCACCCA